AUGUUCACCCACCACCCUACACCGCCAUCAUCUGAGAUUCACGAUUUCGAUUCUUUAAUUUCCCGCGUUAUCGAUCAGGCGGUGGAGAGGAACAAUGUCGAAUUCGGAACAGAUGCUGAAUCGGCGUCCGUCAAGAAGCGCCGCGACGACGACGUUUUCGUUGGAGGUAUUCGACAACGAAGUCGUGCCCGCCUCUCUCGCCUCCAUCUCGCCAAUUCUCAGAGUCGCCAACGAGAUCGAGAGCGAGCGUUCUACGCUUUCGAGAAAGCGCAUAGGCUGGACCAGAGUUCUAGCGGGCGUGGUGUUAGGCAGUUUAAGACCGUGUUGCUUCAACGAUUGGAGAGGGACAAUCCAACUAGUCUUGCUUCCCGAGCUAAGAAGACAGAUGCAAGAGAAAUUCAGUCCUAUUAUCAGCAAUAUUAUGAACAUUAUGUCAGAACUCUCGAUCAAGCGGAGCAGGCAGACAGAGCCCAGCUCAGCAAAGCAUACCAGACUGCUGGGGUUCUAUUCGAAGUGCUUUGUGCAGUUAAUAAGACUGAGAAGGUCGAAGAAGUUGCUCCUGAGAUUAUUGCGGCGGCUAGAGAUGUCCAGGCAAAGACGAAGAUUUAUACGCCUUACAAUAUUCUUCCUCUGGAUGCGGCUGGUGCUACACUGCCAAUUAUGCAAUUUGAAGAGAUUAAGGCUUCUGUUUCUGCACUUUGGAAUACUCGUGGCUUGAACUGGCCUAAUUCGUUUGAGAUUCAGAGGCAGAAAACUGGAGAUUUAGACUUGCUUGAUUGGCUUAAAGCGAUAUUUGGUUUUCAGAGGGACAAUGUCAGGAAUCAGAGGGAGCAUCUGAUUUUGCUUCUUGCUAACACUCAUAUAAGGCUACAGCCUAAACCUGAGCCUUUCAACCUGGCACGAAUCUAUUCGGUGAUGAAAGAUCUCUUUAAGAAUUACAAAACGUGGUGCAAAUUCCUGGGACGAAAACACAGUUUACGACUUCCUCAAGGUCAGCAAGAGACACAGCAGAGGAGGUUGCUUUAUAUGGGCUUGUAUCUUCUUAUCUGGGGUGAAGCAUCCAAUGUUCGCUUCAUGCCUGAGUGUCUAUGCUACAUAUUUCACAACAUGGCACAUGAACUACACGGUUUAUUGGCUGGAAAUGUCAGCAUUGUUACUGGUGAAAAUAUCAAGCCUUCUUAUGGUAGUGAUGACGAGGCAUUCCUGUGCAAGGUUAUAACUCCCUUGUACCGAGUAAUUGAAAGGGAAACCAAGAAGAGCCGACACGGAAAGGCUCCACACUCAACAUGGUGCAACUAUGAUGAUCUAAAUGAGUAUUUCUGGUCAACUGAUUGCUUUUCUCUUGGAUGGCCCAUGCGUGAUGAUGGUGAAUUCUUUAAAUCAACUGGUGAUUUGGCACAGGGAAAAAAGGGUGCUCCAAGAAAAUUUGGAAAAACUGGCAAAUCAAAUUUUGUUGAGACACGAACAUUCUGGCACCUAUUCCGCAGCUUUGAUCGUCUGUGGACAUUUUUUAUAUUGGGUUUUCAGGUGAUGCUCAUUAUUGCUUGGGGAGGGAUUUCAUGGACGAAUUUAUUUCAGAAAGAUGUUUUAUAUAAUCUCUCUACCAUAUUCAUCACAGCAUCCAUUCUGCGGUUGCUUCAAAGUAUAUUGGACCUGAUCCUGAACUUUCCUGGCUAUCAUCGAUGGAAAUUCACUGAUGUGCUAAGAAAUAUUCUUAAAGUCUUUGUCAGUCUUGUUUGGGUUAUCAUUCUUCCACUCUUCUAUGUUCAUUCCUUCAAGGGUGCACCUGCGGGUCUGAAGCAUUUGCUUUCCUUUUUCAAUCAAAUAAAAGGCAUUCCGCCAUUAUACAUAAUGGCUGUUGCAUUAUAUUUGCUUCCGAAUUUACUGGCAGCUGUUCUUUUUCUUUUCCCAAUGUUGAGGCGUUGGAUUGAAAACUCAGACUGGCACAUAGUUAGAUUCUUCUUAUGGUGGUCUCAGGUACACUAUAUUCUGGUUGUUGCUUUUGACUUGCAAAUUUUUAUUCAGUUUUUAUUUCCAGCUCGAAAUCACUAUGGUGCAAUAAUUGCAAUCUGGGCUCCUGUAGUGUUGGUUUAUUUUAUGGACACUCAAAUUUGGUAUGCAAUCUUCUCAACUUUGUACGGAGGUGCUGUUGGAGCCUUUGAUCGUCUAGGAGAGUCAAUGCCUGGUGCAUUCAACACAUGCUUAGUUCCUUCUGAUAUGAAGCGAAAAGGGAGAUUUUCUUUCUCAAAGAAAUUCGCUGAGAUUUCUGCAAGCAAAAGAAAUGAAGCUGCCAAAUUUGCCCAAUUAUGGAAUGAGAUUAUUUGCAGUUUCCGCGAGGAAGAUCUCAUAAGUGAUAGGAAAGGACCUCAGUGCCAAUCUCUAGUUGGAGAUGGAUCUUUUGCUAGUUCCUUACUCAUUGGGUCAUUGUCUGAAAAUAAUUCAGUGGCCACCAUUUUUGCUUGCAAGCAAGCACUGGAUAUGGCAACUCAGUUUCGAGGGAGGGACUCUGACCUUUGGAAGCGCAUAUGUGCCGAUGAAUUUAUGAAAUGUUCUGUGAUUGAAUGCUACGAAUCCUUUAAACAUUUUAUAGAUGAUUUAGUGAUAGGAGAAACUGAAAAAAGUUUCAUUAAUCUUCAAUCCUGCUCCGAUAUGCUUUUGUACGAGGACUUCAAAAUUGUUCUUGCAAAAGUCGGAGAUCCUUCCAAGCGGGGUACAGUCGUGGUCUUGCUGCAAGACAUGCUAGAAGUGGUUACCGAUAUGAUGGUGAAUGAAAUCAGCGAAUUGGCAGAACUUAAUCAAAGUAGUAAGGACACUGGACAACAAAUUUUUGCUGGUACAGAGGGAAAACCUGCUAUACUAUUCCCUCCUGUGGUUACACCACAAUGGGAGGAACAGAUAAGACGUCUUUAUCUACUUUUGACUGUGAAGGAAUCUGCCGUUGAAGUUCCAACAAACAGCGAAGUACGCAGAAGGGUUGAAUUCUUUAGCAAUUCAUUGUUCAUGAAUAUGCCACGUGCUCCUCGAGUGCGUAAAAUGCUCUCAUUCAGUGUCCUAACUCCAUACUAUAGUGAAGAGACUGUGUAUUCUAAGAAUGAUCUUGAGUUUGAGAAUGAAGAUGGCGUGUCAAUCAUAUAUUACCUUCAAAAGAUCUUCCCUGAUGAAUGGAAUAACUUCUUGGAGCGACUUGAAUGUAAGAAAGAUAGUGAAAUAUGGGAGAAAGAUGAGAAUAUAUUACAGCUACGUCACUGGGCCUCAUUAAGAGGACAAACUCUUUGUAGGACAGUUAGGGGAAUGAUGUACUACAGGCGGGCAAUAAAGCUCCAGGCAUUUCUUGAUAUGGCCUCUGAAAAAGAGAUACUCGACGGCUAUAAAGCUAUUUCUGUUCCGUCUGAGGAAGAGAAAAAGAGUCAUAGAUCCUUAUAUGCCAGUUUAGAGGCUAUGGCUGACAUGAAAUUCACAUACAUUGCUACCUGUCAGAACUAUGGGAAUCAGAAGCGUAGUGGAGAUCGCCGUGCAACAGAUAUCCUGAAUUUGAUGGUUAACAAUCCCUCCCUUCGUGUUGCAUAUAUUGAUGAAGUUGAAGAAAGAGAAGGUGGACAAGUACAUAAAGUUUAUUAUUCUGUAUUGAUCAAAGCUGUGGACAAUCUUGACCAAGAGAUAUAUCGAAUAAAGCUACCGGGUGCAGCAAAAUUAGGAGAAGGAAAGCCAGAAAAUCAAAAUCAUGCCAUCAUUUUUACUAGAGGUGAAGCUCUUCAGACUAUCGACAUGAACCAGGAUAAUUACUUGGAAGAAGCUUUGAAAAUGCGUAACCUUCUGGAAGAAUUUAAUGAGGAUCAUGGAGUGCGCCCACCCACCAUAUUAGGUGUUCGUGAGCAUAUUUUCACUGGAAGUGUCUCUUCCUUGGCCUGGUUUAUGUCAAAUCAAGAAACUAGCUUUGUCACAAUUGGUCAAAGAGUUCUUGCAAGAACGCUAAAGGUUCGAUUCCAUUAUGGUCAUCCGGAUGUUUUUGAUAGAAUUUUCCAUUUCACCCGUGGAGGAUUCAGCAAGGCUUCUUGUGGCAUCAACCUAAGCGAGGAUAUAUUUGCUGGAUUCAAUUCAACACUAAGACGUGGAAAUGUUACUCAUCAUGAAUACAUCCAAGUUGGAAAGGGUAGAGAUGUAGGGCUCAAUCAAAUCUCCCUUUUUGAAGCAAAAGUGGCCUGUGGUAAUGGAGAGCAAACACUAAGCAGGGAUAUCUACAGAUUGGGGCAUCGAUUUGACUUUUUCCGAAUGCUAUCAUUUUAUUUUACGACUAUAGUGGCCAUCACAGUUUACGCUUUCCUAUAUGGCAGAUUUUACCUGUCAUUGAGUGGACUUGAGGCUGCUAUAAUUAAGUUAGCCAGGAAAAAUGGAGACGAUGCAUUAAAGGCUGCAAUGACUUCGCAAUCCCUUGUUCAAAUAGGUAUUCUGAUGACUCUGCCCAUGGUCAUGGAAAUUGGACUAGAGAGAGGAUUCAGAACGGCUCUAAGUGAGAUCAUAAUAAUGCAGUUGCAGCUAGCACCCGUUUUCUUCACUUUCUCCCUAGGGACUAAGAUGCACUAUUAUGGGCGCACUCUCCUGCAUGGAGGGGCAAAGUACAGAGCAACUGGGCGUGGUUUUGUUGUUCGUCAUGAGAGGUUUGCGGAAAAUUAUAGGCUGUAUUCUAGGAGUCACUUUGUAAAAGGGAUGGAGCUAGCUAUACUGCUUAUAUGUUAUAGGCUUUAUGGAGAAGCAACGCCUGAUUCAGUGUCAUAUUUUAUUCUCUCAUUAUCAAUGUGGUUUUUAGUGUGUUCUUGGUUGUUCAGCCCUUUUCUUUUUAAUCCAUCGGGAUUCGAGUGGCAGAAGAUAGUUGAGGAUUGGGAUGAUUGGACAAAAUGGAUAAAUAGUCAUGGUGGUAUUGGUGUUUCUGCAAACAAAAGCUGGGAAUCGUGGUGGGAUGAGGAACAGGAGCAUCUGCAACACACUGGGCUUUGGGGGAGGAUUUGGGAGGUCAUUCUUGCCCUGCGUUUCUUUGUUUAUCAGUAUGGAAUUGUGUAUCAUCUACAUGUGGCUCAAUCUGAUAAGAGCAUAACGGUUUAUGGUCUGUCGUGGCUUGUGGUAGUAGUUGUCAUAAUCGUCUUGAAGAUAGUAUCCUUGGGUAGAAAGACGUUCAGUGCAGAUUUCCAGCUGAUGUUUCGUCUCCUCAAAUUCUUUCUGUUUAUUGGAAUUAUUGUCAUUCUCGUCUUAAUGUUUACCCUACUGAGUCUAACAAUUGGUGACAUCUUUGUGAGCCUCCUAGCCUAUUUUCCAACAGGUUGGGCAUUUAUACAGAUAGGUCAAGCCUGUAAGCCUAUGAUGAAGGGAAUUGGAAUGUGGGGGUCCAUCAAAGCGUUAUCAAAAGGAUAUGAAUACGUGAUGGGAGUGGUUAUCUUUGCACCAGUGGCCAUAUUGGCUUGGUUCCCAUUUGUUUCAGAAUUUCAAACUAGACUGCUAUAUAAUCAAGCUUUCAGCCGAGGGCUUCAAAUCCAGCGCAUUCUGGCUGGUGGCAAGAAGAACAAAUGA